AUGGAUGAUCACUUGAUCUCAUUCUUACCCUUUUUUCUAUUCACUAGUUUCAUCUUUUUUGUUUCACAGUGUCUAAAAGUGGGAAAGAGAUAUAAAACCUCAGUGAAAACAUUGAAGCUUCCCCCAGGGCCAUGAAGCUUACACCACUUAGUUGGCUCUCUACCCCAUCAUCGUUUGAGAGAACUUGCUAAAAAACACGGUCCUCUCAUGCACCUACAACUUGGUGAGACAUCAACCAUCGUGGUUUCUUCUCCAGAAGUGGCCAAAGAUGUCAUGAAAACCUAUGAUGCCAUCUUUGCUCAAAGACCCCAUCAAAUUGCGGCAGACAUCAUGUGUUAUGGUUCCAUUGACAUACCAUAUGGAGGGUAUUGGAAGCAGCUAAGAAGAAUAUGCUCACAAGAGCUUCUAAGCAACACACGUGUGAUGUCAUUUCGAUCAAUAAGAGAAGCAGAAGUGCUGAAUUUAGUAAGAUAUAUUGAGGCCAACACUGGUUCUUGUGUGAACCUCAGUGAAAAAUUAGCAUGCAUGACAAGUAUCAACUGCAAGGAUCAAGAAGAGUUCAUUUCCCUUGUCAAGAAACUUAUAAAAAUGGCCGAAAGUCUAAUUAUUUCUGUUUUGUUCCCUUCUCAAAAAUGGCUUCAUGUGAUCAGUGGGGAGAAAACUAGAGUGGAGGAGUUGCACAGAAAAUAUGAUGUAAUAAUUGGAAUCAUCAUUACAGAGGCAGAAAAAUAUAUUGGUGAAGUAGAGGUUAAUAGUCUGCUCUCAGUUCUUCUAAAUAUGAAAAAUCAAGGUGCCCUCGAAUAUCCUUUAACAAUCGAUAACAUCAAGGCUGUAAUGUGGAACAUGUUUGCUGCUGGAACUAAUUCAUCACCUUCAGUCAUAUCAUGGGCCAUGUCAGAGAUGUUGGAAAACCCAAAAGUAUUAAACACAGCUCAGGAAGAAGUUAGAAGAGUUUUUGGUAGUAAAGGAUACAUGAAUGAAGAAUCACUUGAAGAACUAAAAUAUCUGAAAGCAGUGAUCAAAGAAACACUGAGAUUGCACCCUCCUUCCCCUCUUCUAGUUCCAAGGGAAUGUAGAGAAAGUUGUGAGGUGAAAGGGUAUACAAUACCUGCUGGGACCAAAGUGAUGGUAAAUGCAUGGGCAAUUGGAAGAGACCCUGAUUAUUGGAAUGAUCCAGACAAGUUUUAUCCUGAGAGAUUCAUGAACAGUCAAAUCGAUUAUAAAGGAUCCCAUCAUGAAUUCAUACCCUUUGGUGCUGGAAGGAGAAUUUGUCCUGGCAUGUCUUUUGGGACAAAUAUCAUUGAACUUUGUCUUGCACAACUACUUUACUAUUUUAAUUGGAAACUUCCAAAUGGAAACAAGGAAAACUUGGAAAUGACUGAAGCUUUGGGAGCCUUCUCAAGCAGGAAAACAAAUCUAGUAUUAGUUCCCGUUUCUCAUAAUCCUUUUCCUAUUUCAUCAGACCAUAAUUAAAUUUUAGUCAUUAUAAUGUGCGA